AUGAUUCCUCUCCAUGGUGCAGCUGCUGGAGGCCACAUGGAAGUUAUGGAAUAUCUUAUUCAGCAAGGAUCUAGUGUGAACGAGGCUAAUGCCAAGGGUUGGACUCCAUUCAAUGCUGCCGUUCAAGAGGGCCACAUAGAAGCCGUGAAAUAUCUCAUGACUAUAAGAGCAAAGCAGAACAGAUAUGAUGGGAUGACCCCACUCUAUCUCGCAGCACGAUUGGGUCAUUUGGAUAUCGUCAAAUUCUUCAUUUCCAAAGGAGCUGGUGUGAACGAAGAAGAUGACAGAAGGAUGAUUCCUCUCCACGGUGCAGCUGCUGGAGGCCACAUGGAAGUUAUGGAAUAUCUCAUUCAGCAAGGAUCUGAUUUGAACAAGAAUGGUAACGAUGGGUGGACGCCAUUACAUGCUGCAAUCAGUAACGGCCAUUUGGAGGUUGUCAAUGUUCUCUUUGCAGAAGGAGCUCAGGGUACCAGGUUUGAAGGAUUGACACUGCUUUACAUUGCAUCACGGUAUGACCAUGUUGAUGUGGUAAAAUUCCUUGUCUCAAAAGGAUGUGAUGUGAAUGAGAAAAGUGAAUGCGGGAAGUCCCCUCUUCAUGCAGCAUGCUACACUGGCAACAUGAAUAUCGUGAAAUUACUCGUUCAUCACAAAGCUAAUGUCAAUGAACAAGAUCGUGAUGGAUGGAAACCACUCGAAGCCGCUGCACAAGAAGGACAUCGAGAUGUAGUAGAUUACCUUGCAUUGAAUGGAGUACACGUGAACGUGAGGGACAUAGAUGGUUCUACGCCGCUUCAGAAAACAGCGAACGCAGACCAUCUGAAUGCAAUAAAAGUCAUCUCACCUUGUAGAGGUGACCCGGGUGAGAAAGACACUCGAGAUCCACGUUCCCGUGGAUCCCAGAAACUCAUCGAAGGAGAAUAUGUGACGGUGACAAUGAAGGAUGCAGACACGAGGUCACACACGAGGCAGUUAGCAAUUCAGGUAGACAAUGUAGAAGAUAAGAAUGACUGCAAUCAAGCUGAUAAUGCGAAGAGAGGAGACGACGAACUCUCCUUGAAGAAUAUUCCCAUCGGGACCCAUGAUGAUAAAGAAAGUGGCAGAGAAGAACACAAUCCUUUCAUCCAUGCUAAGCUGAAAUAUCCUGAAAAAGGUGAACAAGAUCCAGUGCUAGAUCAGAUUGAAGCAAUGAAGAGCCCCGUGACAACAACUGGGGCAGACGGUUCUACCUUGCGGGGACAUCAGACAUGGCAAUACAGCGGAUUCGAUCCACCCCAUCUACAAACCAUGGAGACUGACGGUCACCCGUCUGAAGAACCGAAAUCCAGAUGUCACUCACUAAUUGAUGAAAACACGGAAACAAGAGUGAGUGGUUAUUAA